CCGACCUCAGAGCGCUGUGAUCGGGGGUUUGCGGGGAGCCAGUGGCUCAGCCCGACCAGAACCAGCGGUCCUCCGGAGGUGGAUGAUGAUGGUGGUCCCACGGCAUGGGGGUAGAGACGGUGUCAGCCGGGUACAAUGAACGACCGAUACCAUAAGGCGGCCCGGGACGGGUACCUGGACCUGCUGAAGGAGGCGACGCGGAGGGACCUGAACGCCCCGGACGAGGAUGGCAUGACACCGACGCUAUGGGCGGCUUACCACGGGAACCUGGAGGCGCUGCGGCUCAUCGUCGGACGAGGGGGGAAACCGGACAACUGCGACAUGUGGGGCAACACGCCGCUGCACCUGGCCGCGGCCAACGGACACCACAACUGCCUCUCCUUCCUGGUGGCGUUCGGCGCCAACGUGUGGUGCCUGGACAACGACUACCACACGCCGCUGGACAUGGCCGCCGCCAAGGGCCACAUGGAGUGCGUGCGCUACCUGGACUCCAUCGCCGCCAAGCAGACGGCGCUGAACCCCAAGCUGGUGACCAAGCUGCGGGAGCAGGCCUUCCGGCACGCCGAGCGCCGCAUCAAGGACUGCGCCAAGCUCCAGCGGAAGCACCACAAGCGCAUGGAGCGGCGCUUCCUCAAGGAGUCGUCGGCGGCGGCGGCGGCGGUGGAGGCCUCGGUGUCGGACGCCAUGAGCUUCUCCAGCUUCAGCGGCAGCUCGGUGAGCCGCGGGAUGCCGCGCUACAGCGCCGCCAGUGUCAGCGUGCCAUACUCCCAGGCCACACUCCACGCCACUGGCCGUGGGAAAACCAAGAUCCAGAAGAAGCUGGAGAAGAGGCGACAGGGCGAGGGCACCUUCAAGAUCUACGAGGACGGCCGCAAGAGCGUGCGCUCGCUGACGGGCCUGCAGCUGGGCAACGACGUGAUGUUCGUCAAGCAGGGCACCUACGCGCCCCCCCGGGAGCGCGGCCGACGCAACGUCCGCAACAUGUUCUCCGGCGACAACGAGGACGCCGUCUCGCGUGCCAUGAGCGUGCCGGACCUCCACCGCUCGGAGGUGGACUACUCCGAGAUCAGCACGGACUCCGGCCACGACUCGCUCUUCAACCGGCCCGGCCUGGGCACCAUGGUCUUCAGGCGGAACUACAUCAGCGGGGGGCUGUCGGGCCUGCGGGGGCCGGAGGGGUCCAGCGUGGUGGGCACCGACGGGCCGAGUGGUGCCGUGCGUCUGCGGAGCCGGCUGCAGCACUACCCCAGCGCCGACCAGGACAGCAUCGGCAGCGCGCGCAGCCUGCAGGAGAGGAACUACCAGGAGCUGCCCUGGGACGAGGUGGAGCUGGGGCUGGACGACGACGACGAGCCCGAGUCCAGCCCCCUGGAGGUGUUCCUCGCCACGCAGAGCAUGAGCGAGUUCACCGCCCUCCUCCGGCGGGAGAAGAUCGACCUGGAGGCGCUGCUGCUGUGCUCGGACGACGACCUGAAGAGCAUCCACCUCCCCCUGGGGCCCAGGAAGAAGAUCCUGGAGGCGUGUCAGAGGCGCCUGGACGCCAUCGACGACCCGGACCGCAUCGAGGACACCGAGCUGUAGAGGCUCCACGAUGUGGGUACCGGGUCACUGCUCCCCUGUUGGGGUUAGCUUGCAAUGAGAACCAGAGUGACCGCGUUAGAAGGAUUUGUGUUUGAAUCGGAGCCCUGGAGACGGACCGGUUCGC